AUGGCGCCGGUCAUCUGGGGCUUGGAUCUGAAGGACAUGCAAUGGGGGAAGUUCAAGGGCUCCUACAUGUUUGCCCCCACCUUCCAUCUGCAGAAGACGAAGAUGAUUGUAUACCAAAUCGCCAUGCUCUUAUGCGUCAUUUCUGAAUCCGUCGGCACCGCAGCAUUAUCUGAUUACGUUGACCAACAAGACGGAAUCUCCCAUCGAAGCAAUGGCAAAGCUCUCGUUCAAAACAACGAUUUCAUCGGUGUCGCUUCAUACAACGUAUUCAUCGGCAUAGCCGUAGCCACGAUCUUCGGCUCCGGUUUCUUCUUCGACCUCUUCUGGCCCGAAAGAUACGAGAGCGCGGCCGUCAAGUUGGCGUGGAAGAUUAGCUCCAUUGUGGUAUCCAUCAUGGCUCUUGCAGAUGCACUGGCAAUGACGGUGAUCGUGGCGACACACCGCGCGCAUAUCAGAGGAUUCUCGGACGCAGACGCCGAAUACUGGUUUAAAGCGAACGGCAAGCCGAAUCCGAUAUACAGGAAGAACCCAGACUGCGUUGCAUCGGUGGUUCUGCUAUGGCCUGGUGUCAUAGCUUCGUUUGCAAGUGCAUACAUCAUGUGGAAAUCCAUUCAGCAUAACGAUGCACACGGCCCUUUUGCAGUGGGCUACGGGAACGGCAAGGAGACUUCAAUGGAUCUGCCUACCAGCAAAAAUCCGACGUCAGAAACGGGAACGGGACCAGAACCGGCACCCAUGAAUGGAUAUGGACAUGCUGGGAACCAUGCCACACCUGGCCCACAGCCUUAUCCUGGUACAUGA